AUGUUAUUCGACGAGGACCCAGCCAUGCUUGUGCAAAGCACCAUGGCCAAUUUUCAUAUCGACACAGACAAGAUCGCCAUCGGCCGCAUCAAUGAAUCUCUCUCAACCCUCCAGCAAGCUCGUGAUCUACGCAUACGGGAAGCCGAGAGCGCCUUGAAGAAGUUAUCACGCAACUUUGCGACUAUGUCACAGCAACACAGCGAGACUGUCUCCUCGCAAAGCAGUACAGAUCAUGCGUCCCAAAUAGUCGAGCUCGAUACACAGAAAUUCCGUGCUGCUAAAGCAGCCUCAGACCUCGAAAUUGAGGGAGAGAGGCUAGAGCAGGAGGGGGAAGGUCUGAAGAGCCGAUUACAUGACUUGGAGGUCGAAGGGGUAGAAGGAGACAACAUGGCGAGGGCGAAGAGAGAGAUGGAUGACCCUACAAUACUAAAGCUAAAGGUGUAUCGAUCCCUUGGUAUUGAUGUGGAAGCCGAUAGUACAGGCAACUACAACAAAGCCGUAAUCCGAAACCACCAGAAAGGCGACGUCCAUGUUAUCAACGUCGACCCAAAAUUCUCUAAAUUCUUUUACUCAAAUUAUUUUUGGCAGACAAUGCGCUAG